AUGAAGCUCCCAGACGGAACGCCUUCUGCCCAAGUCGGCAUGAUGAACUUUUCUCCAGUGGCCAAGACCCCCCCAAAGCCUCUUCAAUCCCGCCUUGUGCCGGAAUGCGGACUCUCGCCCGAUAGCCGAGCCGGUGUGGGGCUGAGGCGAAGCGGCGGCAGCGCAAACAGCAGCACAGUAAGCAGUAGCACGAGUGGCCCUGGGGGCCGUGGCGGUACGACGGCGCGCAGCAGUUCGGGGACUCCGUCCGCGCGUUCGACUGUGAUCCGCCGUGUCAGUACCCCGGUAUCUCGUCCUCUCUUGAGCCUAGGGGGACUUCUAGGCAGCAACUCAUUUCAUACAGAGUACCGCGAGCAAAUGAGCCCUUCCUGGUGGCUGGGGGCUGCUGCCUGCAGCUCUUCUUGGCUGCAGCUUUCGCCCCCUCCGGAAGUCAUGGAGCUGGUCGAAAAAAAGAAACUAACUGAACAGUUCAAGACUGUUGAAGGCCUUAUCGACAGAGCCGACUAUUUGGGGGCACUUAGGCUACAGGCCGAUAGGCGGAAUAUCUUGCAUCUUCUGGCUCUGGACGAACAGGAGAUGCAGGCGUAUCUGUGGCAGCCUCGCUUUCCGCGGAUAAUCGAUUUGAGAAAUCGGACGGGAGAAGUACAGACGCGCCCACCUCCCCGCCACGCAAACUGCAUCGUAAACCCUGUCAAUUUGUGGUUGCGUUUCCUGACGCUUUCACCUCCGCUGUAUGCAGCCCAUGCACCGAUGGCCGCAGUGUCGCCAAAGACGCCUCAGACGGGUGAGCAUUCUGGGGGGGAACCGGGGUGGUCACAGCCCCAAGAAACAGGGGAGGUUCAGGAGUAUUGUUUGGGGAGCUCUGGGGAGCAGUUUUUGCCCAUUUUGUUCGAGGACUCGGGGGGAACGGCGGAAUGCGUGCCACCCGAGGAGCUGCUUACAUUUGAAGAAGAGGCAUUGAGAGAGGUCGCCGCCCAUAUUGAGGCCAAGCUCGCCCACGCACUCAGCUGCAUGGUCCUAGCUUCAGCGGUCCGCAGCAAGGCCUCAGCAGUGCACCUGCAGCCGGGACCGCCAGGGAGGGGCUUAAACAGCGAACCCGCUAGGCCCUUAACACCGUCCCCAGUCACCCCAGUGGAACCACCGGCUGAACAGGAGCCUCAAGGACCAGGUGGUGGUCCAUCUACUGCGCCAUCAGCGGGCAGGCUCGCCGGCCCGAAGCGGCGUCGACCCAGUGUAACAGCAGUUAAAGGGGGCUCUCGUUCUUCUUCUCCCUUGCAGGUGCGGCGCAGCAGCAGCCCGGCUCGCAAGCCCCGCAGUGCGGGUAGCGCUGCAGCCCCUGGGGCCUCUGGGUCCCCCACUUCGCCCAGUACCUCUGCGGCUGUGAGGGGCUCAAGUAGGGAAGACUCUUCGGAAGCCGCACAGGCUGGGGUUGCCCCCACACCCACUGAGGAUGCACCUGAUAUCGACCGCGUUGUAAUUGAAUUGGAGGACCUAUUCACGACAUACGGACCAUCCCCAUCGCUGAUGCGCCACCUAAACUGCUUUCAAAAGACCCCUGACCUGCUGCGACAGCAGCUUCGCUGA